AUGGUCAAGCAGUUGGCCAACCCUAUUCCCGAAAAACAGCUCGUCAAUGAAGUGGAAAAAACAUACGCACGGCUAGUCAUUGCAGAGGACAAAUGCAUUGAAGUGAUAGAGAACAUCUCACAAAUGCCUGUCACGACCGUCAUCUCAUUGCACCAAACACUCCUCUACGAACAUCACGACUUUUUUAUUGCUUCGCAACAUCCAGCAGCCAGUCCAGCCGUGAGGAGCCAAGCUGAAAAGUACCAGAUGCCUGGACGCAUGUGGCGCUACGGAAUCCAUUCCUGCCUUGAACUAUUGCUGGAAAGACUCCUUGUUACACCUUUUAUGCAAGAUCAUAUAUUAGGCUUCAUAUAUUUCUCGUAUUCGAUGGUGACACUUCUGCUAGAGCAGGUCCCGAAUUUCAAGGGAACCUGGUUCGAAUGUCUGGGGGACCUAGCGCGGUAUCGUAUGGCAGUGGAGGAUACAGACGACACGGUCCGCGAUAUAUGGGCAGAGGUUUCUAGAUAUUGGUACAAUCAGUAUCUCUAUCAACGUUCUGAACUCGGCCGAAUCCAGCACCACCUUGGCGUCCUCUCUCUCUCGGAUACUUUGCAGCGGUUCUUCUACUACUCGAAAGCAUUGCUCAGCGUGGACCCAUUUGCAAAUGCGCGGGAGAGUAUGAUACGGCUGUUCAACCCUAUCCUAAGUGAACCGGCUGGUGAACACACACUGAUCACUUCGUUUUUGGCUGCCCAUGGUGUUCUUUUCAUGCGCAUGCCGAGUGAGCAGUUUGAUGCUCGGUCAAAGUUCUUCCUUGUGAAUCUUCGCCAGGGGGCUAGCCGAUUAGGCCGAGAGGCACAGCAAGGCAUUUUUAUCACGUGCUGCAAUAUUGCUGCAAUUUUCCAGUAUGGGGAAGAAAAUGGAGCUUUUGCUACCGAUUUCGCUGGCGACCCAAGUACUUCCACUGCAGACGCCUAUGUCAAUGCCAAGCAGUGGGCAUCCACAACAGCACAUAUCGACUUAAACAGACAUCCCUACACCGACUUCUCAUCUCAAUUUGCAUUCCGUGCCAGCUCUCUCGCUUUCCACACCCUGAUCGUUAUCCUUGGCCAAGCCAGCGAGCCAACUAUGCACCCCACCGUGCAUGCCUCUUUGGCAUUCCUGUGGUGCCUCUCGCUCCAUCCAGCAGCCAUUCAGCGACUCGAGCCGCUAGUUCCAUGGUUGAUACUCGCAAAUUAUCUGAAUACUUUGCUUCAACCCAACAUCGAUAUUAGAAAGAUUGAAGCCGAAUCAUUUCCCCACAUAGAUGGCACACCCACCCAGCAAUUGCCGGAAGACUUGCUGAUUAGAGGACACAUCUGGAGCCGGCUGUAUUACCCUGCGAAAUUCUUUGAUCAGACGGGUGUAGACAUUGACAGACCAUUGAUUGAGGAGCCGUGGACGAUGCUUCUGAGAAGGCAUAGGUGCCUGUGGCUUGGAGUGCGGAUUGCAACUGUUUGUCUUACCUAG